AUGGCCUCCCUCGAGCGAACCGUCGCCUCCAAGGCCUUCAAAGGCGCUUCGCUCUCGCAGACCCCAACCCUCGCCGACUCGGCCGUCUCCAUCACCAGCGAGCCCAAGGGCUCCACCCGCUCGCCAACGCCCUGUCUCGACACCUCUGCUCACCUGGCCGACUCGGCUUCCGUUCGCAGCGCAAGCUCGCUGCCUCGGCCUGUCCCUAUCCGCCCAGCCGCACCCACUCCGCCGCCCACAUCGGCCCUGCCAAAGACCCCAACCGUCGCCAUCCAGAAGCCGGCCUAUCCCGCCGUGCCAAGCCAACAGAAUCCUGAUGGCACCAAGGUCCACUCGGACGUUCGCACACCCAGCCCGCGCGAGAUCCAGCGGCCCCACACCUUCGUCAACACCACCACCCCCAUCGAGGACACCCGCAACAAGUUUGCGCUUGCCGACUUUCAGCUCCACCGGACCCUGGGCACUGGUGCCUUUGGCCGAGUGCAUCUGUCCAAGCACAAGCAGACUGGCACCUACUAUGCCAUCAAGGUCCUCAGCAAAGAAAAGAUUGUCCGGCUGCGGCAGAUCGAGCACACCCUGAACGAGAAGGAGAUCAUGGAGCAGCUGCGGCACCCUUUCCUCGUCAACCUGAUGGGUUCCUUCAAGGAUGCCACCAAUCUGUACCUGGUCAUGGAGUACGUCCAGGGCGGUGAGCUCUUCAGCUACCUGCGCCGAUCAGGAAAACUGCCUCCGUCCGUCGCAAAGUUCUACGCUGCCGAGAUCACCCUGGCCUUUGAAUACAUCCACAAGCAUGACAUUGUCUAUCGCGAUCUCAAGCCCGAGAACAUCCUGCUGGACUCGGAGGGCCACGUCAAAAUCACCGACUUUGGAUUCGCAAAGUACAUCCCGGACAAUGUGACCUGGACACUUUGCGGCACCCCGGAGUACUUGGCGCCGGAGCUGAUUCUGAGCAAAGGCUACGGCAAGGCUAUCGACUGGUGGUCGCUGGGCAUCUUGAUCUACGAGAUGCUUGCUGGCCACCCGCCCUUUUUCGAUGACGAUCCGUUCAAGCUGUACGAAAAGAUCCUCAUCGGCAAGAUCCGUUUCCCGCUCACCUUCGAGCCCAACGCCAAGGACCUGGUCAAGCGGCUGCUGCAGAUCAACCUCAGCAAGCGCUACGGCAACCUGCACGGUGGCGUCAACGACAUCAAGAACCACAAGUGGUUCAUGAACCUGGACUGGAAGCGUCUUGCCCAGCGCAAGCUCCCGGCUCCGUACAUCCCGCCGGUCAAGGGCAGCGACGACACCUCUAACUUUGACAUUUACGACGAGGACUUUGAGGAGUACGGCCGCGACGUCGAGGAUGUCUAUGAGUCUCAGUUUGUCGAUUUUUGA